AUGGCCUCCCCUCCCAACCCCAGCUCGCCUGCUGCCAUGUCUCCUCCAGGUCCUUCAGCACCGCAGAUUUCUGUCAAAAAGCGCAGUUCCACAUUCGACAUCAACGGCCCCAAUAAACGCCGCAAGGCCUCUAGCACGUCCAACAACCUGAUCCAUCCCCUACGUCAAACGUCCUUUCCGCCCGAAGCACGAUCUCCGUUCCUGCGAUCGCCUUCAGUAGAUUCUGCUUCUCAUGUCAGUGGCAGCCAAGUGAGCGGGGUCACAGCAAGCGGUGCGCCGAAAAAGAAACGAGGGCGCAAAGCCAAGAACGCAAAGGGUGGAGGUGAGUCGGCCACACCCAGCUUGGUGGGUGGGAAGGCGGCGACUUCCGUGAGCGGGCAUGGCGGCGAGGACAAGGAUGCAGAGGAGGAGGAUGAAGAUGACGACAAGGCUGAGAUGGCCCUGGAGGAUGUUGGCGCGCGAACUCAGGAGCAGAAGCAGGAAGAGAUCAGGCUGAGGGCUAUGCUGGUGGAGGCAUUUGACCCCGAGCAGUAUAGUCGGUACGAGCACUGGCGUGCCAUGAAGCUCACGGAAUCCGUUGUUAAGCGGGUUGUCAACGCUACGGUAUCCCAAUCAGUACCGGGAAUGGUUACCACUGCGGUCAAAGCGGUGACGAAAUUGUUUUCCGGAGACAUUAUCGAGUUGGCCCGACAGGUGCAGGGCGAGUAUAUUCGUGCUGGCGAGAGCCAGUCCGAUCUGCCGACCCCACCACGCUCAGGCGCUGAAGGGGACGCAGAGGAGGAUAUCGAACUACACAGAGGGCCCCUUCGUCCAGAGCAUCUACGCGAAGCUUGGAGGCGGUACAGGCUUGCUGGGGAGAGCCGUGGCGUCGGAAUGCAGCAGCUUUGGCAUCACCAGAAGCAAGACGGAGUGGAGCGGUUUUCAACGAGGACGGGAAAGAGGAUGUUCAAGUAG